AGCAAAUAAUAUGUGAAACAAAAUAUUUUUGUCAUUUUUAGAAAGUAAGAGACAAAGUUAAAAUUUGAAAAAAAAGAGAAGAUUUUCUUUAAAGACUUGCGUUAGCGGCUUUAAAGCCGUUUCUAGCCAAAAAUAUGAAUGUUAUGUUAAGCUUGCAAAAUACAUUUUAUUUGUUUCUUGUAGUUUGGGGGAUACAAGCUCAAAAUGACGACUUUGAUAGUGGAAGCUGUCCUCCAGUUCCUAUAAAAACAAAUUGCCCACCUCCUUUAUUAACUUCUACUAGUUGUUUGGUUGAUAGUGAUUGUGAGACUGGGAAACAAUGUUGUUCAGAUGGUUGUGAACUGAAUUGUGUUGUUCUUAACAAAACUAAAAUUAAUGCAGGCUGCACAGUUCCUGUUGAUCUUGGAUUUUUAAUUGAUGCAUCUGGUAGCAUUGGCGCUGUUAAUUUCCAAAAGAUUUUACAGUUUGUUGCUAAAAUUGUUGAUGCAUUUCAAAUUUCUGAGAAUGGAACUCAUGUUGGUGUUAUAUAUUACUCAGACAAUGCAACAGUUGCUUUUGAUUUUAACUCAUUGAAAGGAACUGCUCUGAAUAAAGACAAUGUUGUUAAACAAAUAAAUAAAAUAGCAGUUACUGAUGGACAAACUAGAAUUGAUAUGGCAUUGCAACUUGCAAAAUCACACCUUUUCAAUGUUAAAGGUGGCAUGAGAGAAGAUAAAGCAAAAAUUGCAUUAGUUUUAACUGAUGGACGUCAAACAAGGGGAUCUAGUGCGCCUGAUGCUGUUGAUCUUCAUGUUGCUUCACGUCCUUUGAAAGAUAUUGGUGUCCAAAUUUAUUCUCUGGGUAUUGGUAGAGACUAUGAUAUUGGAGAGUUGCUAGAUAUUGCUUCUGAUGAUGCUAGUGUUUUUAGAUCAUCAGAUGUAGAUGAAUUAGUCAGUAUUGUAGCUAGUAUUACUGAAACAACUUGCAAAGGUUGCACUAAUGCCAUUGAUAUCCACUUUGCAAUUGAUUCAUCAGUAAAUGUUGGAGAGGAGAACUUUGAAUUUUUUCGUAAUUUUGUUCGAGCAAUAGGUUACAAAUUUGUCAUCUCUGAAACAGGAUCACAUAUAUCAGCUUCUGUUUUUGGAUCUGAUGCCACCAUGAUUUUUAAUAUGUCUAAAGCAACUUCUCAAGAAACAUUUUUAUUAGAAGUAGAUAAGCUUCCAUAUUUAGGAGAUCAAACAUCAAAUAUGGACAAAGCUCUUAAGUAUAUAAAUAAAGAGGUUUUUACAAUGUCCGGUUAUGCGCGACAGAAUGCUCCUAAAGUUGUAAUUUUCUUAACUGCUAGUAACUGCAAAACUUGUGAUGAGAAACUUAGUGAGGCUGUGAAACCCCUCAAACAAAAUGGUGUUCAAAUUAUAACGAUUCCUGUAUCAAACAAGGUUGUAUUGGAAGAGAUGUAUUCAAUAUCUUCACUUCCAUCUCAAAGGUAUGUUUUCCCUCAAAAGCAUUUUAAGGAAAUUAUGACAGGAAUUUUUAUUCAGAAAGUUUCAGAAAUGAUUUGUUCUGCUCGUCCUGGUGUGUGUGAUGAACCUUCAGUUGCAGAAGGUUGUGCUAAAAUUAAUUACACUUGUGAUGCUGAUGCUCGUUGUGCAUCUGGAAAAAAGUGUUGUUUAAAAAAUUGUGUUCAGUCUUGUGAACAGUCAUUAAUUACAUGCGUUACCCCAAUUGACCUGGCAAUUGCAUUUGAAACAACUGUGGAAUCGAGUAAAGAUUUUGCAGAAUUGAAAGACUAUACCAAGGACUUUUUAGAUAAUUUCCAAAUAACUUCAUCAAAAACACAUAUUAGUUUAGUUACAUAUAGUGAUACAGUUUUAACACUUCCAUUCAACACAUCGUUUGAUAAAAACCGAAUUAUCAAGAAUAUAGAUUUAUUAAAAAACCAAAAUGGGCAAGAGAGUAAUUUGGACAAGUUGUUUGAUGCUGUACAAAGAGAUGUAUUUAGCUUAAAUGGCGGAGUAAGAAGAUCUUCUCCUAGAACUCUUGUUGUUUUCACUAAAGGUAAAUAUCCUAAAGGAAAAGAGUUAAGCAUUAAAGAGGCUGCUAGUAAGUUAAAAUCUUCUGAAAAUGUUGAGAUUAUUAUUGUGAAUAUUGGCUCAGAAUACAAUCAAGUUUUGAAAGAAGUUGUUUCUGGUACUGAAAAGUCUAAUUUUAUUCAGAUAAACUCAGUUAAAGACCUAAAAAAAGAAGAAAUUUCUCGUAGACUUGCUUAUCAAGUUUGUUCAAGAAAAGAAAAAAAAAAGAAAUGCCAUGAGAAACCUCCAAAGGACAAUUGCGAUGUAAAAUAUAAUUUUUGCGAAAGUGAUUUUGAUUGUCCGGGUUAUCAAGAAUGUGUUUUUGAUGGCUGCAGAAGGAAAUGUGCUUAUUGUGGGAAAAAGUGCACUGAUAAGCUUGACAUUCUACUUGUUCUUGAUGACUCAAUUAAAACAGGACAGGAAAAUUUUAAAAAAAGCAAAGACUUUUCAAAAGCUAUGCUUGAAUGGCUCAGUAUUGAUCAAAAUAAUACUAAUGUGGCUGUGAUAUCGUAUAGUGAUAUAGCUGAGUUGCAUAUUUCAUUUCCAGUUUCUGGUAGUGAUGAUCCACUACAGAGUUUGUAUGAUCUCCAAGGUAAAAUUGAUAGUAUACCUUACAAAGGAGGUUCAACUUCACGUUUAGAUAGAGCAUUGAGUUUGGCAUCAACUAGAGUUUUUCCAGAAGGAAAACGCACUAGAAAUGCUAAAAAGGUUAUUAUUUUAUUUACUGAUGGUAGUACUGAUGUAUCUUCAGAGAGACUUGAUGUUGCAUCUUGGCCUUUACGUAAGCAAAAAAAGCGUGAUGGGGAAAAUGAAGUCAAUGCAAUUCGAAUAAUGUCUGUUACUGUUAGCAAUAAAACAAAUUCAAAUGGUUUAGCAAAUGUUUUGUCUCCCCCUUUUAUAGAAAAUACUUUCACAGCUGCAGAUUAUGAUGAUAUUUUUAACUCAAUACAGCAAAUAGCAGAAGAAUCAUGCAAAUUUAGUGCAGGUAAAUUAGGCCCACCUAUUCAGGUGAUUCCUGGUGAUCCUGGGCCACGUGGACCUAAAGGAGAUAAGGGAGCUGUUGGUGCACCUGGAUCAGAUGGAGUUCCUGGACAAAAUGGUCAAAAAGGUGAUAGUGGAAAGCCUGGGAAAAAAGGAUCAAAAGGUGAUGUUGGUUUGGCUGGACCUCCAGGAGGUGGGGUGGGAAGUUUGCAAGAUAAAGGACCUGACCCAAAUGCUAUUGCUGUUGGAGCUCUUGUAGAAGGUGGCCUUCCUGGAAGCAGCUAUGUUUCUUUUGACUUAAAAGACGGACCUGUAGGUCCAGAAGGACCAGUUGGUAAAGCCGGACCACCAGGGCCUACUGGAGAUAUUGGCCUACGUGGUCGCAAAGGGCGCACUGGUGCUCCUGGAUUGACUGGACCAUUUGGAUUAACUGGAUUGAAGGGUGAUGACGGCGAAGAUGGUAGAGCGGGUUCACCUGGUGAUCCUGGUCUUCCUGGACCUCCAGGAAAACAGGGUUUAACUGGUAAUCCUGGCAUACCAGGUCCGCAAGGGCCCUUUGGAUAUAAGGGUGACCAAGGUGUUCCAGGAAGUCCUGGCGAAGUUGGAGAACCAGGAAAAACUGGACCAAAGGGAUAUGCGGGUGAAAAAGGUGAACAAGGCGACAUUGGUGCUAUUGGGUUUCCUGGACCAGAAGGUGUAAUAGGCCAGGUUGGACCUCCUGGUCAGGUUGGAAUAAGAGGUCCAGAUGGUACUAGAGGCAUAAUCGGAGAAACUGGCCAAGAUGGUAAUAAAGGUUAUUUAGGACCAAGAGGACCACAGGGUUUCAAAGGACAAUCUGGUGCUACAGGCGCUCCUGGUAUCAAGGGUGAAACUGGUGAUGUUGGUCAAACUGGGGAGCAAGGACCAACUGGUGAGCCAGGAUUUCCUGGUCUAAAUGGUCAACCUGGAGAAGCUGGUGCAGAGGGAGCUACAGGUUUACCAGGUCCUGUUGGUUUACCUGGUCCAAUAGGAAUGAUCGGUGAAACAGGUGAUAGUGGUCCUCCUGGUGAACUUGGUUUUAAAGGAAUUAAAGGUGCAUUAGGUGAUCGUGGUCAAAGGGGUUCCCCAGGUACAAAAGGUGAAUUCGGUGAACCAGGAGAUAAAGGCUCCAUUGGUCCACCAGGUCAAAUAGGUAAACAAGGUUUAUCAGGUCUUCCAGGUCAGCGAGGACAACCUGGUGCUGAAGGCCUAAAUGGUUUACAAGGAUUACCAGGUAGUCCUGGUGAACCUGGACAAACAGGUGAAAAGGGGUCAGAAGGUCUUGUUGGUGAUCCUGGGCGAGAUGGUUUAAAAGGGGAAAAAGGAUUUACUGGCUUUAAAGGAUCUAAAGGUUUUUCUGGAGAACAGGGAGAAGCUGGUCAACCUGGUACUGUUGGAAAAGAUGGGAAAAAUGGACAGAUGGGGACAAAUGGUAGAGAUGGAAAUCCAGGGCCUAAUGGACUACAAGGAAUUCAGGGCAUACCUGGAGCUAAUGGCGUAAAUGGAGUUUCAGGUGAUUUAGGAGAAGUUGGUUCACCUGGAGAAAAUGGUCUUAAGGGUGAAAAAGGAAUUAGGGGAGAUUCUGGUAUCAGAGGUAUGCCUGGCACUGCUGGACCAGCUGGGGAAAAUGGUCGACGUGGUGACAAAGGAGCAGAAGGACAACCAGGUAAUCCAGGUGUUCAGGGAAUUCCUGGUGAGAGAGGUGCUAUUGGAUUGCCAGGAGAAAAUGGUGCCCCUGGAAUCAAAGGUCAACCUGGUCAACCUGGCAGUCCUGGUCAAGUUGGUGAGCCAGGUGCACCUGGGCUUGCAGGAAUUCAUGGACCACAAGGCACAAGAGGGAAAAAUGGAGAAAAUGGAGCAGCUGGUGUAGAUGGCUUGCCUGGUGAUAGAGGUUUACAAGGAUUGCCUGGUAGACCAGGAUUACAGGGUCAGUCAGGAGCACAUGGAAAGUUAGGAAGUAAAGGCGUUUCUGGAGCAAAAGGAAAAUCUGGAUUGCAAGGGUUGAAAGGCCAACCUGGUGUAAAUGGAAAUGAUGGUCCUACAGGAUAUCCAGGAAUGACUGGAGAGCCUGGUGUACGAGGCAGUCGAGGAGAAAGGGGAGCAGAUGGGCUUACGGGUGCAGAUGGACUUCCAGGAAAUGAUGGUGAAAUGGGACCACCUGGAAAGGUUGGCUUUCCUGGACCUCCUGGUUUGCCAGGGCUUAAUGGUCGUGAUGGCAACCCUGGACCCAAAGGAUUUAAAGGACCUAAUGGUGACAGAGGUGAUCCUGGUGAAACUGGUGAAAUCGGUGUUGAAGGUGAUGCUGGAACUAUGGGAGAAAUUGGGGAAUUAGGUGAAAAGGGAGAUGUUGGAGAUAUAGGACCAAUUGGUGAACCUGGUACUAUUGGAAUGUCUGGAUUACAAGGAGAGCCAGGACCUGUAGGUCCAGUUGGACCAUCUGGUGCAGAUGGAUUUAAUGGAAAAGAGGGAGCUCGAGGCCCAGUGGGAGAUUUUGGUGACUCUGGGCGACCUGGUAUACCAGGUUUACAAGGUUCUCAAGGUCAAGAUGGACUUCCUGGUAUAAAUGGUGAGAAAGGUAAACAAGGAAAGAAGGGAAUUGCAGGUGAACCUGGCUAUCCAGGUGUAAUUGGAGAACAAGGCGCUCAAGGUAGAGCAGGUAUGCCAGGUCCAAUUGGCGCUAAUGGAACUAAAGGAUUUCCAGGUAAAAAUGGCUUACAUGGGCAACAUGGAAAGAGUGGAAUGACAGGAAUGACAGGGCCUAUUGGACCACCUGGGCUACCGGGUGAGGAUGGUCGUCCUGGGAAAGAUGGAGUUAAUGGAACCAAUGGGCUUGCAGGAUCUAAAGGAUUAAAAGGUUACAUGGGUGACAGAGGCGAUGAAGGUAGAGCUGGAAGCACAGGAGAAAUGGGUUCGCCUGGUAUUCCUGGAAUAAAAGGUGAAAAUGGAGCUGAUGGUCCCAGAGGUCCAGAUGGCAGACCAGGAUCCCCAGGUAAUCAAGGUGAGAGAGGAGAUCAAGGUAAUAUUGGUGAUACAGGUAAGCAUGGUAUUGAUGGUAAAGAUGGUAUGAAAGGUUUCAAAGGUCCUAUGGGACAACCUGGCAUUCAAGGACCUAUUGGUGAUAUUGGAGCAAAAGGAGAUGAUGGAGCAAUUGGGCCUGUUGGAAAUAUUGGUUUAAAGGGUACUUCAGGAGAUGUGGGGCCAGAUGGCUUAGAUGGUCCUCCUGGACUUAAAGGAUCACUUGGUCCCAUGGGUCAAACUGGUGAUCAAGGAGUUGUGGGAGCUCCUGGAGAACCAGGUUUGUCUGGAUUAUCAGGUUUGCCUGGACCACCUGGUCCUCCUGGUCCUCCAGGUGAGUUGAUAGGAAACUCCAGAACUUAUUGGCAGAACUUUGGCUUUGGAGAUUUAUCUGAAACUAUAUCAAAAUACAACAGAAAAAGAAAGUCUAUCAGUGAAACUUCUGAAACUUUUGAUGACAUUCAAAAUAAUGACUUAGUAAAAUUGAUUAAACGAACCCAAGAAAAUUUAAGAAACUUCAAUAAAGUUUGGAAUACUGUAUUGGAUGAUCUUGUUAUAAAAAAUGAGUUAGGAACUCGAAUGCAUCCAGCAAUUACAUGUAGACAUGUUUUUGUUAAUAAUAAUAAUAGCAAAUCAGGAGAUUAUUGGAUUGAUCCAAACGAAGGUUCUCCAGUUGAUGCUUUUUUAGUGUAUUGCAAUGCUAGCACUCUUGAAACAUGUAUCUUUCCGAAACAGCCAUUGGUUGAAAAAGCUGAUUGGUUCACUGGUAAAGACCACCUUAUGUGGGCUUAUAAAGAUAUUUUGGCUGAGAGUGGUAUAACCUAUUCCAGUGAUAUGGUACAAUUAAAAAUGAUGCAAUUACUUAGUGCCAAGUGUCGACAAAAUAUAACUUAUUUCUGCAAGAAUUCUUACAGUAACAUUACAAUUAAAACUGACGAAAAUGUUCAUUUACAUAUUCACAAUGGUAAAAUUUCUAUUAACACCGAUGAAACAUAUAUUCGUCAUGGAAUUGCUCUGAAAUUAAAUUUAAUGGCGAUUAAAGAUGAUUGCAAGGUUAAAGACGAUAAAUGGCGAGAGAGCGUUUUUGAAAUAACUUCAAAUCGCUUAGAAAAUUUACCAAUUCAAGACAUAGGAGUCACAGAUAUAGCGGACGACGGAGAACAGUUUGGCUUACUUAUUGGUCCAGUUUGUUUUUCAUAAUCAUGUUUUUAGUAACGUAUUUGGCUAUUUUGGAAAUGUAUUUUUAUUUAUUUUUUCAUAAUACAAGGUUAAAUAAUUUUUUAACGUUUUAUUAAACUAACAGACAAUCAAUUUGAAUUUUAUCUCAAGUAACUUUUUUAGAAAUUUUUUUAGAAAUCUUAAUUUGUUUACAAAUUAUUUAUGUAAGGCUAGAUCUUUUUUAAUUAGUUUUUGUAUUUAGAAAUAGUAAAACUUUGCAGUUGUGCAAAUAUUAAAUAAGUAAGAGCUCAAAAAAAUAAUAAGUUCAGGAUGAAUUCUAAGUUUGAGGCUUUUAACCAUCUUCAGUAAAAAAAUGUUACACUUAUCAUCAAUGAAAAUGUUUUUCAAAAUUAUGUAUUUAUUAUUUCUUAUGUAUUUUUACCUGCUGAAUUAUAAAACCACAGAUAUACAAAAA